AUGGAGCGGGGCCCAGAUGGGGCCGCUCUCGGGGCUCUUGGGCUCGCCGGCAUAUGCCGUGAGACCUUUGUCUUCAUCCGCGCCCGCCGCCCGGGCUUCGCCUCCAUGGCCGGCGAGCUGGUCGGGCUCUCCCUGUCCAGGCUCGCCCACGUCGCCAUCUCCCGCGCCUUCCUCUCUCGCGCAGUCGCUGCCUCCGACGCCGGCGCCGGCUCCGUCCGCCUCGCCGCGAAUUGGGGCUCCUUCUUCCUCGUAGAGGCCGCCUGCCUCCUCUGCGUCGUCCUCCCGUCACUCAGCUUCGCCGCCUACCUCGUCCACUCCGCCGCCCCGCGCUACGGCUUCGUCGACGACCGCGACGCCCGCUCCAUCGCCCACGAGCUCCGCACCGUCCCCAGGUUCCUCGCCAGCGGCCACGCGUCGACCUUCCAAGGCAACUCCCGCAGAGCCGCGCGCGCGCUCAAGGUUGGCUGGCGCCUCGUGGUCACCACCUUCGACGCCUUCCUCCUCCUCCUCGGCUACACCGCCCUCUUCGGCGCCGCCGCCUGGCUCGCGCACCACCACCUUCUCGCCGCCGCUGCUCCGGGUGAGGAGAUCGGCGUGCAGCUUCCGCGGACGGCGGUGCUGCUGGCCGGCGCCGCAUACCUCGCCGGAGCGGCGCACAUCGGCGCGGUGUGGCGCGUCGCCUGCGUGAUGCUGGUGCUGGAGGACGACUGGGGCUUCCGCGGCAUGCACGUGAGCGACGAGCUCCUCGCCGGCAAGUUCUGGGCCGCGGCCCCCGUCCUCUGGACGCUCGACGGGUGCAUCGUGGCCGUGCAGCUGGCCUUCGGGGCGCUGGUUGUGGACAACAGCAUCGGCCUCGGCGUGUGUCUCCGGGUGGCCGCGGGGAUGGUGAUGGCGGCGGCGCUGUGGCUGGCGGUGAUGGCGGGGCAGGUGGCGCAGGUGGUGGUGUACUUCGUGUGCAAGAGCAACCACCGCGGGAGCUCCGAGGGCACGACGGCGAACAACCUGGAGGACGUCGGCCGGAGAGGGCGAGCCACUAGGAAGCGACAGUGA